AUGGACUCCCUUUUUCAGCGUUCCUUAGACGAUCUAAUUAAGGGUCUCCGCUUGAGCCCAGCCGGCGGCGAAGCGGCUUUCAUCGCCAAGUCCAUUGAUGAGAUCCGCCGUGAGAUCAAGUCUACCGAUUCACAAACAAAGGCCACAGCCCUCCAGAAGUUAACUUAUUUGCACUCCUUACAUGGAGUUGAUAUGUCUUGGGCCGCUUUCCCUGCUGUCGAGCUUUCUUCCUCCGCCGUGCACGCCCACAAGCGCCUUGCGUUGCUAUCGGCUUCACUUUCAUUCAGUCCUACGACUGAUGUUAUUCUGCUCUUGACCCACCAGCUGCGCAAGGACUUUUCGUCCUCCAGUCCUCAUGAUGUGAGUCUUGCUCUAUCUACUCUUUCUUCUAUUUCUACACCGGAUUUGUCUCGUGAUUUGACUCCGGAGUUGUUUACAUUGCUUAAUAGUUCUAAGAAUUUCGUAAAAAAGAAAGCCAUUUUGGCUAUUUUAAGAAUUUUUGAGCAGUAUCCGGAGGCUGUCCGUGUUUGUUUUAAACGAAUUGUCGAAAAUCUUGAGAGCAGUGAUAUGGGUGUUUUGUCUGCUACCGUGGGAUUGUUCUGUGAGCUUACUGUAAAGGAACCCAGAUCUUAUUUACCCUUGGCUCCCGAGUUCUAUAAGAUAUUAGUAGAUUCCAGGAAUAAUUGGGUUCUAAUUAAGGUUUUAAAGAUUUUUGCCAAGUUAGCCCCGUUAGAGCCGAGGCUUGCAAAGAGAAUAGUGGAACCAAUUUGUGAGCAUCUGAGAAGAACAGGAGCUAAAUCAUUGGCAUUUGAGUGUGUGAAUACUAUCGUAACUAGUUUGAGUGAGUAUGAACCUGCAGUGAAGCUUGCAGUCAUGAAAAUACAGGAGUUUUUGUUGGAAAGUGAUCCGAAUCUGAAUUACCUUGGUCUACAAGCGCUGACCAUUGUAGCAGUGAAGCAUUCAUGGGCUGUUUUGGAAAACAAGGAGGUCGUAAUUAAGUCAUUGGAUGAUGUUGAUGUGAAUAUUAAGCUUGAGGCCUUGCAGCUUGUGAUGACUAUGGUUUCAGAGGAUAACGUAGCUGAAAUUUGUAAGGUUUUGAUCAGUUAUGCACUGAAGUCUGACCCAGAGUUUUGUAAUGAGAUUCUAGGGUCCAUCUUGUCAACUUGUUCAAGGAAUCUUUACGAAGUGAUAGCUGAUUUUGAUUGGUAUAUUUCACUUCUAGGUGAAAUGUCCAGGAUUCCUCACUGUCGAAAGGGGGAGGAGAUUGAGACCCAGCUUAUAGAUAUUGGUAUGAGGGUUAAAGAUGUUAGACCGCAGCUUGUUCAUGUUUCUCGUGGUUUGCUAAUUGAUCCUGCUUUGCUAGGAAAUCUGUAUAUACAUAAGGUUUUAUCUGCUGCUGCUUUUUUAUCAGGGGAGUAUGUUGAGUUUUCUAGAAAUCUACUUGAGCUCAUGGAAUCGCUGUUACAACCACGGACUUGUCUUCUACCACCUCCAAUAAGAGCUGUAUAUAUUCAGUCUGUAUUUAAAGUAUUGACCUUCUGCCUAUAUUCUUCUCUCUCAAGUGGAGAUGAUGCUUUAUAUCCUUCCAAAUUAACAGAUUUGGUCUUGAAAGAGGAUUUUCAGGGAAGUUCUGAAACAGUAACAAGUGCACUCAUUUCUGAUUCUGAUCUAGAUGAUGGGUUAAAUCCAAGGAGUUCACAUCAGCCAACAGGAAAUGGUGAGGAUAUAAUGAUUACUCAUGAGCAGACAUCACCAGCUUCUUCAAAGAAACAGCAGUUAACACAAAAAUCUAUAAUGAACCUAGUAAAUCUUGUUGAAACUAAUUUGGGCCAGGUAGCAGGAAGUCAUGAGGUAGAAAUACAGGAGAGGGCAAGUAAUGUCCUUGGUAUGAUUGAGUUGAUAAAACCAAGGAUACAUAAUUCCAUGGAUGAGAGUGAAGGAGACAAAAUUAAGGGAGAACUUAGAGCCUCUGACAUGAUGAAGCUGAUGUUCGAUGCAUUUUCAGGGGAGCUAGGUCCAGUUUCAGUUAGUGCUCAAAAGAGGGUACCAAUACCUGAUGGGUUGGUGCUCAAGGAAAGUCUUAGUGACAUUGAAGCAAUCUCUAAUGAUAUCAAGUUACCUGUAUCAAGUUCAUUUUCCCUUGUAAGAUCUCAUACCGUGACCAAUGGAACUACAAUUCCUGAACAGUUGAGUAAAGAGGAAUAUGAACCAUCGUCUGAGUCUACAUCUCUGCUUGCCGAGCAUCGCAAGCGGCAUGAACUAUAUUAUCUUCCUUCAGAGAGUAAAGAAAUGAUAUCCAAUGAUUACCCACCUGCUCACGAACACAGAGACGAGGCUAUUGAUGAGGCUGACGAUCUUGUUAAGCUAACAAAGCAAUCGCUUGAUCUUAGGAAAAAGCGAAACCAAGCAAAGCCUAGGCCUGCGGUUGUAAAAUUGGAUGAUGGGGAAGAAGCACAUAUUGCUGCUAAGAAACCUGAGUUAAAUGAUGAUCUAAUUUCAGGUGCUGUACGGGAAGUGCUUUUAGGCAAUGAAGCUGCAUCAUCAUCAUCAAAAAGUAAAUCAUCAAACAAAGCAAGUAAGAAAAGGGAGAAGAAUGAGUUAACUAUUGACAGACCUUUUGAAUCAAACAUGACUGUGACAAACACUGUUGCAUCUGAGCCUGGAAAUGCAAGUUCAAGAAGACAUAAACACCAUAGUGAUGGUAAAGAGAAGAAACGUCCAAGUUCAAAAAAGGAGAAGAAAGAACAUGAUCAUAAAGACAAGCAGAAGAGCGACCAUAGACAUGCAUUGUUAUCGUUGAGACCUUUGAAAAAUGGAGUAAUAUUCCACCAUGUUUUACCUCUUUCAAUUGUCAAGUUUGACAUGAAAAAUGGACGCUUUUACCAAAUGUUCCUGUGGGAACGUCUCAAAGGGAGAGAUUUUUACGUUAAAAUGGACCCUGAAUGCGUGGAAUUUUGUAAGGCUGUACCUGUUCAUGGAUUACACUUUUGUCAUAGAAAUGGGUGA